CUGGCGCUGCAAAGAGCAGCCAGAACCGCUGUUGAACCCCUCGGGCCGGUGACUGUUCAGUCUGCGAGAGGAUCCCACCUGGCCCAGAAGCGCCGAGCGCUCGCGACCCAAGCAUAAACUAACUUUCAUAACAUACAACUGACAGAAUGAACGGCGUCAAUGGAGGCGUCAACGGCCACUCAGAGCUCAGCGCUGAACGUGGCUGUUGGACCAUCGGGCUGAUGAACGCCCAAUUCAAGUAUCUAACAGCCGAGACCUUUGGCUUUAAGAUCAACGCGAACGGCGCCUCGCUGAAGAAGAAGCAGAUCUGGACGCUGGAGCCUUCUGGUGACGGCGACACCAUCUGCCUUCGCUCUCACCUGGACAAAUACCUGGCCGUCGACACUUUCGGCAACGUCACUUGCGAUGGCGAAAAGGAUGUUGGCAGCAAGUUUGAGAUCUCCAUCUCGCCCACAGGAGGCCGCUGGGCUUUGAGGAAUGUGGCCCGCGGAUACUUCUUGGGCGCUGCCUCCGACAAGCUCACUUGCACCGCCAAGGCUCCUGGUGAUGCUGAACUGUGGACUGUGCACUUGGCUGCCAGGCCUCAGGUGACUUUGCGUUCCGUGGGCCGUAAACGCUACGCCCACCUGUCUGAGGGUCUGGACGAGAUCCACGUGGAUGCCAACGUGCCGUGGGGCGAGGACACGCUUUUCACCCUCGAAUUCCGCGAUGAGAAAUACGCCCUGCACUCGUGCAACAACCGCUACCUUCACCGUGAGGGCAAGUUGGUCAGCACGUGUGGACGUGACUGCCUCUUCUCCGCCGAGUACCACGGCGGAUUCCUCGCCCUGCGCGACUACGCCGGUUAUUAUCUGUCGCCCAUCGGCUCCAAGGCCAUUCUCAAGAGCCGCUCGCAGUCUGUCACCAAGGACGAGCUCUUCUCGCUCGAGGACUCGCCCCCGCAGGCCAGUUUCAUUGCCUCCCUCAACACCAGAUAUGUGUCCGUCAAACAAGGAGUUGACGUGACCGCCAACCAGGACGAAGUGUCCGAUGACGAGCGCUUCCAGCUUGAGUACGACCAGACUACCAAGCGCUGGUACAUCAGAACCAUGAAGGAUCGCUACUGGACCCUGGAAACUGGUGGCGGAAUCCAAGCCAAUGGAGACAAAAGGUCCUCUAAUGCACUCUUUGAUCUGGCCUGGCAAACUGAUGGAUCGGUGGCAUUCCGAGCCAACAAUGGAAAGUACGUGGGUACCAAACGAUCAGGCCACCUGUACGCCAACUGCGACACUGUCGAAGAUACUUGCAAGUACUUCUUCUAUCUCAUCAACAGGCCCAUCCUGGUUUUGAAAUGUGAGCAGGGAUUCGUUGGAUACAAGAGCGCUUCUUCAAACAAACUCGAGUGCAACAAGGCUACUUAUGAGACUAUCUUGGUCGAAAGGGGUGACAAAGGCCUCGUCUACUUCAAAGGCCAAAACGGAAAAUUCUGGCACUGCGAUGGCGAAAGCGUGCAGGCUGACACAGACACUCCUGAGGGCUUCUACAUUGAGCUGAGGGACCCAACCAGGAUUUCCAUCAAGGGUGCCAACGGCGAGUACCUACAGGCCAACAAGAACGGCACCUUCCGCCUCGGUGACAACGACUUUGAGACAGCCACGAAAUGGGAAUACUAGAGUCUUCUCCUCUAAUCCUUUUAACUAUAGCCAUGAAAUUAAUGCAAUUGUUUGCACUUGAUUAUAAGCAAACGUGGCGCUGCAUGGCUGAGUAGAUGAUAACACACUAUCCAACCAAAGCUGAAGAAAAUUUAUUUUAUUUAUGGCGUUAACUUAUUUGUUGAAACUUUGGAAAAAAAUCUAACUGAUUCGCAAGUACUGAAGCAACAUAUUUUGCAACCAUACUGGUCGGCCAAUUCUUCUUGACAUUAAUUCGUGUGGACCAAUAAUAAUCAUUGCCAAAAUUAAGUUAUUCCUUGGUUGUAAAUGAUGAAACAGUUGGAAAUUCUACAAUUAUAUAUAUGUAUCUUCGCAUAAUAACCUAACAUUUUGGCACAAAAAAAGCACAUCUUAUUUCCACACAAGCAUUAUAAUGCAUCUGAUAUAUAAAGUAUUGCGUUUUUAUUAAUGAGUUUGAUCAUUUUUAUUAUACUAUUUAAAAUACACAAGUCAUUUUUGUACGUGAUUAUGUCCUAGUGCGGAUAAGGUAGUGUAAAAAGCUAUGAGAUUAUACAUACAUUUCUAAUUAAUACUAUGACUUGUAUACAACAUGAAGCAUACAAUCUUUUGGUACUUAAAACUUUGCAUUUAUGAGCUUUCUGAUGAAUUUUGAAUGAACAUCCCUGUCAAGAUUGUCCCAGUUGGAUUUUGUCGGGUAUUCCUUUACAAGAAAUGCAUUGAAAUGAUACUGUAUGUGGAAGGCAGUUGUCCCCAAAUAGAGAUUGAGCCGAUUUGAUAACACAGAAUUGACUGUCACUGCCUUCGCCAAUUGAAAAAAUUUUGUACUCCAAUUUUUACACAAUUUGUAUUUUGAAACGGGAAAUUAUUGCUGAUUUCAACUCUAAAAAAGCAAAUAAUAGAAUAUCUGCGUGUAUGUAGAGCUAGGCCGAGGUUCAGCCCGGAAGAAUCCAGAUAUUGCAUUUCCUUGUAAGAAUUAGCUCAAAAAUCUCUUUGAAGAGACAAUUAAAAGAGCAGUUAUUUGAUGUUGCCGAGAGAACACUUGUUGAGGAAUUGAAAUUUUUGAAAUCCUUCAUGUGGAAGUUUGUACUUGUAAAUUGUGUAAGAAACCAGAAGUAAUAGGCAAAGUGAUGAAUUUUUGUAAUAGGACUUAUACUGGAUAUUGUCAUAGCAUGUAUGUUGCAUCGUAAUACAAUAGCUUUCAAGAUAAAUGUUACUCAUGGGUAUCAAGCAUUAUUAUUUACAGUAAAAAGUAAUAAAAAAAUGAAACAACCAUAUGAA